CCUUAUUCAAUUUCUUCCUAGAUUCCUCAUUAACUGAAGUGUUGUAUCACAGCAUUAAUUUAUGGACAUUCCAUCCGAAGCUCCAUAGGGAUGUCAAACAUUCGAAAGCUUAUCGGAGUAUGCCCCCAGUUUGAUAUCCUAUGGGAUGCACUAUCUGGCCAAGAACACCUCCAACUCUUUGCUAGUAUGAAAGGCCUACCCCCAACUUCCAUAAAAUCAAUUACCCAUACAUCAUUGGCUGAGGUGAGACUUACAGAUGCAGCCAAAGUGAGAGCUGGAAGUUACAGUGGAGGAAUGAAGCGUCGUCUCAGUGUUGCAAUUGCUCUUAUUGGUGACCCUAAAUUAGUCAUUUUGGAUGAACCGACUACUGGUAUGGAUCCAAUAACGAGGAGGCAUGUGUGGGACAUAAUUGAAAAUGCAAAAAGAGGGCGUGCCAUUGUUCUUACAACACAUUCUAUGGAAGAAGCUGACAUUUUAAGUGACCGCAUAGGAAUCAUGGCAAAGGGAAGGCUCCGCUGCAUUGGCACCUCAAUCAGAUUAAAGUCACGCUUUGGAACUGGUUUUAUUGCUAAUAUCAGCUUCAAUGGAAACAAUAUUGAAAACAAUCCUGCAAAUGGAGAUGCAAUAUCACCAGAACAUCGUGAGGCUGUAAAGCAAUUCUUCAAGAAUCAUUUAGAUGUAGUGCCAAAAGAGGAGAACAAUAACUUCCUUACUUUUGUGAUUCCUCAUGACAGAGAGGCACGCUUGACGAACUUUUUUUCGGAGCUCCAAGAUAGAGAAGAAGAAUUUGGCAUAUCUGACAUUCAGCUUGGUCUCACAACUCUUGAAGAAGUCUUCUUGAACAUUGCAAAACAAGCAGAGCUGGAAAGUGCUGCAGCUGAAGGGAGCUUAGUAACUCUGACUUUAACAUCUGGAGAGUCUGUUCAGAUUCCUGUAGGAGCUAGGUUUGUGGGAAUUCCAGGAACAGAGUCUGCAGAAAACCCCACAGGUUGUAUGGUAGAAGUAUACUGGGAGCAAGAUGAUACUGGUGCCCUAUGUAUUAGUGGUCACUCUCAGAAAGUUCCAAUUCCUCAAAGUGUUGAGCUAUCAACAACUCCUACUACAAACCCCAUAGAAAUUUAGGCCGCUCAGAAUCAGUACAUGGGGUUGUGAUUGAUCCCAGUCAAGUUAGCUCAGUCAAUUUUCAGUGAUCCCAAAAAGUAAGAAUUUAACAUCAGAGAAUAAAAUACAAAAUUAUAGCCAUAAGUUUAAAAAUAAAUGCUCGGCACUUAUACCGGUAUAAAGUU